GAAAAUUGCGCAGCUGGCACGAUCUCUGCGCAGCUAACGAUGGAUACGUCGUCCAUGAUCAAGAAUAAGACUUUCGUUAUGCCUCAACAACAAGAAGAUGAAGUUCACGGGACAUUCUUUGCGUGUAUUUUGUGUAUAUGUUUUCAUUUUAGAAGCCGCUUGACGCUCGAUGAUUUCGAAGUCGGAAAACCCUUGGGUAAAGGCAAGUUUGGAAGCGUGUAUUUAGCGAGAGAGAAGCGGUCGCACUAUAUCGUUGCUUUGAAAGUAUUGUUCAAAUCACAGCUUCGAAAAUCCAGAGUGGAGCAUCAGCUGCGUCGAGAAAUCGAAAUCCAAACUCAUCUUGAGCAUCCAAACAUUCUGAGGAUGUUCACCUAUUUUUGGGAUCAGAAACGAGUGGUUCUCGUUCUGGAAUAUGCAGCCAAAGGCGAACUUUACAAACAGCUGAGACAGUGCGGCCGUUUUUCGGAAAAGCGGUCUGCGACGUAUAUCUAUCAGUUAGCAGACGCGUUGAUCUAUUGCCAUUCCAAGAGUGUGAUCCAUCGUGACAUAAAGCCUGAAAAUCUGUUAGUAGGACUGAAGGGUGAACUGAAGAUAGCUGAUUUUGGAUGGUCAGUUCACAGCGUAAGUGCCAGGCGUAAGACCAUGUGCGGAACGAUCGACUAUUUACCACCUGAGAUGCUUGCGCACCAGUUUUAUACCAACAUGGUGGACCUUUGGUGCGUCGGCGUACUUCUUUAUGAAUUUUUGGUCGGCAAGGCCCCUUUCUAUUCCUCCAAUAACGAGGAGACUUUCAGCAAAAUAUGCAGCGUCCGCUAUAAGUUUCCUUCUUUUGUUUCAUACGGUGCGCGAGAUCUAAUAAGCAAGGUGAGUGACCGCAUUCGAAGUUCUUUGAAAGUGAUAGCCGACAACAUUUACAACCAGACGUUAGGUUCGUAA